CUGUCUUGUACUGUAAUGUCAGUCAGUCAGUCAUGUCAGUAUUGGCAUUGUCAUACAUUUCGCACAAUAGGCUGCACGAGUGCUGGCUCCGAGAGAGUUUAAGUGUUUUAAGUAAAGAACAUCACAGUAAUGAUGUUGUUGUAGCGUGUUGUCGUGCUGGUACGCUUCCGCCGCGGCCAUGGGCUACGACAUCGGCUGGAUCAUCCCGCGGCUCCGGAACCCCGGGAGACUGUGGUACUGCGCGAGUUCUAUCACAGUCGCCGUCGUCGGAUUAUUUAGUAAAAUUAUCAUUGAGUUCCUGAACAAGACGACGGUGUACAACCGCGAGACGCUGGCGGCGGCGGUGCGGCGGCCGCGCGGGCAGCCGCUGCUCACCGUCUCCAACCACCACUCGUGCUUCGACGACCCCGGCCUCUGGGGCGUGCUGGAUGUGCGGUCGCUGACGAGCCGCUCGCGCAUGCGCUGGUCGCUGGCGGCGCACGACAUCUGCUUCACGAACGCGCUGCACUCGUGCUUCUUCGCGCUCGGCAAGUGCGUGCCCGUGGUGCGCGGCGCCGGCGUGCACCAGCCCGCCAUGGACUUCUGCGUGGAGCGGCUGGCGCGCGGCGAGUGGGUGCACAUCUUCCCCGAGGGCCGCGUCAACGUCAACAAGGAGCACAUCCGCUUCAAGUGGGGCGUGGGCCGGCUCGUGGCCGAGUGCCCCGCGCCGCCGCUCAUCGUGCCCGUGUGGCACGAGGGGCUGGACGCCGUGCUGCCCAACCAGGAGCCCUACCUGCUCAAGUUCCGCAAGCACGUGUUCCUCAACGUGGGCGAGCCCAUCCAGAUACACCAGCUGCUAGACAAGCUGCGGCGCGCGAACGCCAGCGAGGAGGAGACGCGCGCCGCCAUCACCGACACCAUCCAGCGCGAGCUGCUGCGCCUGCGCGACGCCACGCACGCGCUCAUCCGCCGCGCCGCGCCCAAGCGCGCCGCCGACCUGCUGGCGCCGCCGCCGCCGCGCCAGGACCCCGAGCCCGAGCUCUAGCGCCGCCAGUAUUACCCAGCCUAGAGCUGGAGCCCGCCUCUACUCCUUACUUAUUCUAUUCUAAGUUUAUCACGUGGGAAUGUUUAUCGAUAAGGUUAAUAUGUCGUGUGCGGUGAGUACGUGUGUGUGCGUGUUGCGGAGUCGCGUCUUGUCGACGGCGCCGGCUUCGCCCACUGUUGAUGUCGCAGGAGCUUCUACGUAUUUUGUAUCUACUCACUAAUUUUUUAUAACGAAUUUUUUGAAUAUUUUUUUACACCAGUUUACCUAAUCUAUAUCAUUUAUAUCCCUUAGGAUAGCGACUAAUAUCGAGUGUCUCCUGUUAUACUGAGCGGCGCCGCAGCUCGCGACGCGUCGCCGGACGCAUCGCGGGCUGCGGCGCACCUCGCGGAUAUCAUACAUGUGAUGAGAGAUUUAAUUCAGCGGCUACCGCCAUCUCAACAACCAAAGACUGUUGCACACAUAAUGUACACAAUAUUUUAUAUCCAAAAUAUUUUUAAACAUGUUUAUUAAAAAUAAUCUUUUAAAUGAAUUAUAUUUUUCACAUAAAAGUAAAUAUUAAGGUAUAAUUUGGUGGCACACGUCGCAUAUUCUUAAGCCGUCCAUGCAUUGCGAGUCACGGGCCGAGACCGCGCACAGCGAAUGCCUCGCACCCUGGAUACACUUCAUGUAUACUCGUGACGAGGCAUAUGCUACGUAUGGCGAUGCCUCGACCCGACCAUAAUGUUGCUAUCAUUUUUCUAUAGACAGGCACGCCUCAAGCCGAGGCAUUCAUUGUGCGCCGUCCAUGGCGCAUGCCUUGCAAUGUCUGGAUCCACCUUUAGGUGUUCAGUUGUGGACUGCACCCUGUGUCACACACCAUUGACAUCGGCCGUGUCAACUAUUUAUUGCGAAAAUAUUAUAUUAAUACGUACACUGCAACGAUAAUAGUACGAUGUCAAACUAAAAAUGUUCAAUUUUUUAUGGCAAAAAUAAUUAUAGUACUUAAGUAGCUACGCGUUAACUCUGCAAAAAGAAAUGUUACGUAAGGAGGGUGCAGUUGUGCUGUUGCUGACACAACUGAACAUGCGAACGGUGUGAAAAGUAAUCAGAGCAGAAUAGUAAUGAAGCGUUACCGCGGCAGUGGAGGCGCGUGGCUCGCUCUGCUCAAGCCGAGAGCGAGCUGUGACGACGCGCGCCUCUGUCCGAGACGCCAGUCUUCCGAUCGCUAAUUAUUAUUUAUUGUUAUUUUGUAAAUAAUAGUUAUGUUUGAGGCGAGUGCGGUGCACUUGCGCCAGUUUGUACAGUCAGCCGCCAUGUUGUAUAUAAGUUUACCUAGAUGCUAUAGUGUUGUUGUGUUAAGCCAUAACAUAAUCAUGUUCUGUUGUCCAAAUAAGUGUGAUGUGCUUUUUGAGGAAAUAAUUUUUCCAAAUAAAUCGAUGGACAUAAA